AAUUAAUGCCUCAACGGCACCUGCUUUUUCUAGUAGAACAUGAUUUCUAGAAUUGCGUCACGGCCCACGUGAUCCAGACCCGGAAGUGCAGGAAAUACCUCGGGGUCCGCAGUUAAACCACCGCUAUGGCUGCAAUUAUCAAAGAAACCCAAAGCAUUAAGGAAGCUGUGACUUACAUCAACGCUAUAGAUAUUAACAAGUUCACCAGGCUUCUCUCACGGAUCUUUCAGAGAGUUCACCUGAAGGAAGAGAGUCUGUUCAGCAAGGAGGAGGAGGAGAAGCUGCAAAGUGCCCUGUCACUGGAGAAGCAGGCCCUCAGCCUGGUGCUGGAAACUGUCUCAUUCAUCAUAGAGCAGGCUGUCUAUCACAAUGUCAAGCCAGCAUUCCUGAUGCAGCAGCUGGAGAAUGUCCAUCUCCAAACAGACAAGGCGGAGGCCUUCUCGCAGGCCUGGGCCUCAGCCGGACCCGACACAAUCCACAUGUUCAGGCAGAAGAUUUUUGCCCCCAAAAAGCUGGACCACGUCGGAUGGUGCCUCAACCUCCAGAUGGGCCAGUCCACGCAGGCCAAGCAGAAGGCUCCAUGCGCCACGCUGGAGUUCGCCGUCAGCAGCGAGGAUGCUGAGGGUCCAGAGAGGGUCUUCGUACAAUUCAACCACCAGGAGCUGCUUGAGUUCUACAACAAGCUUGAGAUCAUCCAGGCUCAGCUGGAUUCGCUCACCUGAUGGCAAGCAUUUCUGUUCGGGCGUGAGGAACCACAAACAAAUUGCGUGCUUGCAAGGAAAAACAAUUUGGCCACCCUGCCGAUUUUUUGAUACAAACUUAACCGUCAAAAAUGCCAGUCAUGCCAUCGCCGUCUCUCUCGGCACAGAUACCCACUGUGUCGUGUGAAUUGGAAGGCGACGGUACACCAUGCCUGUCUACGCUUCCCAGGGAAAGGACGGGGAGUCUGCCUGUUAUUUCAUUCGCUCUCUGUAUGAAACAGUUUUGCUUGGUUUGUAUGUCUCUGUAUAUCGACCCUUAAUCUAACAAUGCAAUGUAAAUGCUGGAAGCUGGACAUUCCUAUUGAUUUCCACUGGCUACUGCCUGGUCUCAGCUGUCCAAUUAUGGUGCCUCAUCUCCGCUGUCGGUCUGGCACUGCGGACCAUUUCUUCAUCAGCCGCGACCAUGUCCAUUGCAUGCAUGGCCCUGGUCUUAAAUAUCCCUGGAAAGACCUGUAAUAAGCAUAUUGACAUCUGUCUGUGCAGGGAGGAAAUUAAGCAGCUCUGGAAAUGAGAUGUGAUUAAUUACUGAUGUGGAAUUUUUGCUGGAUCGUUUGAAUUAUACAACCUUUGCAGUAAAAUUGUUACAUUGAUGUUAGGGAAUAAAAUUUCUUAUAGCAGAGGUA